UUGAGUAAAGCCACGAGAGAGAGAGAGUAGGGAAUAAACGGAGGCAACAUCGUCUCCCUGUACGACGAUCUCUUUUCCGGCGAUCUCAUCGUUUCGUCGAUUUUUGGAAACCGAGCUCUCUCUUGUAAACCCUAAAUUACCUUUGGCAUUGCUCUCUACACCGAUCUUUUAUUUAUCUUCGUUUUUGUUUUUACCGUCGAUCAAAAGUACUAUACCUCGACGGAAAAUCUGAUUGUUUGAUUGCCUAUGUCUAUCAACAACAACAAAAGUACUAAUACCUCGACGCUAACGGAGACAGUGAAUGAUCACUCUCCUCGUCACCGGGAUACUGGAGGGAGCAAGAGCCCUCAAUCUCGGCGUACAGGAAAGGGAGUGAUACCACCUUGGACGCAGAUUGUGCGAGGUGGAGAAUCGGAACUGAUCGCGGCUGCACCUUCAUCGCCGGUGGCUGUUGUGGCUGAGCAGCAGGGGAUGCCUGCGACUGCGGGUUCCGUUGAAGAAACUGUGGAGAAUGGGCCUGGGCCCAAUGGCAAUGCUGGGAAGAGGCCGGCUUGGGACAAGCCUUCGAAUGGGGAUUUUGUGCUCGUCAUGGGAGCCGAUUCCUGGCCUCCGCUAUCUGAUUCAGCUAGGGCUUCCUCCAAGUCCUCUUCAGAGUCAUUGAAAGGAUUAGAUGGAUCUUCGCCAUCGCUCCCCAUUCCGGCUACGCAGAUGGCUGGAACUGCUCCUAAUUUGGUUACUACACCACCUGCGCGGCAGAAGCACAAUGGUGGCAAUGGAAAUGGAUCUUCUAACGGUCCAUCUCCUAGGAGUGGAUUUACCCAUAGUGGCAAUGAUCAACCACGCAAUUCCUUUAGAAACCGUAAUGGUGGUCACCAUUCACGUGGAGAUGGUUCUCAUCACCACAAUGGGGGCAGACGUGAUCAGGACCGGGGGAAUUUCUACGGUAGAGAUUCGCAGCCGCAGAGAUUUAUGCAAAGGCUUAGACAUGUACCACCACAACAGGCUGCUCCUAAUUCCAAUCCUUACAUCGGACCACCACCUAUGCGGCCUCCCUUCCCUGCUCCAAUGGCAUUUCCUGAUUUUGUACCUCCUGUCUAUUUUUAUCCUCCUCCAGAAUCACUUAGGGGUAUGCCUUUAGUUGCGCCAAUACCGCCAAUGUUCUUUCCUACUCCAGACCCCAACAUAUAUUCUAAGAUAGUGCAGCAAGUUAAUUAUUGGUUCAGUGGUGACAAUUUGGCUAAGGAUAUAUACCUGCGGAAGAACAUGGAUGACCAGGGGUGGGUUUCAAUUGAAUUAAUAGCAGGCUUCAAGAAGGUUGCUGAAUUAACUAACAAUAUCCAACUUAUCCUGGAUGCUUUGAGAAGUUCAACCGUGGUUGAAGUGCAGGGUAACAAAGUAAGGAGGCGCAAUGAUUGGGAGAGAUGGAUAAUGCCUCAGGUUCAAGUUCCAAGUGCUCCCAGUCCUCAGUCUACACUGAUAGCUGGUGUUCAAAGCAUUUCGCUCGAGGACAAAACAUCUAACCAAGCAGAUCUUCAUCCAGAAGUAUUUCUGAGGAGAUCGUCAUCCCGUGAUGUGAACAAUCAGUCACAAGAACAUAGUGGUGAGGGGAAAAGACUCCUGGGAAGUCUAUCAAAUUUGGAUCAUUCUACUUCAGCAAGAAAUUUGAAUAAGGACGAUGAGUGCUAGCAUGUUUUCUUUUGAAGACUUGUUCUUGGAAGAAAGAAGGAGAGAGUGAGGUAUAACGACAAUGAUAAAAACAUCUUAGAUUAUAGAACAGUUAUAAUCUUGCCCUGGUACAAUGAGACCCAAUUUCUUAUGGUGCUAAAUAGGCAGGUGAUUUAAGAGGGGAAAGAUGCAGCAAUACUAAGGGGGGAAGAUAUAGAAAAAGAAUGGGGAAAAGAGGUGGUAGGAUUUUGAACUAGUAGCAUGGACUCCUGGUAUACCUCUAUAUGUUGUUUCUGGGGAUCCCAUCUUUCACUCUAUUUUUCGUAGGCUUGGGUCCUAUCUGGGGAAUUUUUUUGUUUUGCUUCCUCUUACUGCCCCCUCAGGUGGUUUUUCUUUUUUUUCAGUUCUUUGGGGUUCUUUGGGGUCGGAUUAAUCCUCUGAUACAGGGAAUUAAAUAUUGAGAUUGAUUGGAAAGAAAUUUUUAGGUGGUUUUUGUCUGCAGAAUUGUGGGAAGCAAGGAUGGAUGCUGCUGCUUUGCUUGCGCCAUGCUACUACUGCUCUAUUUUACUAAUAUGGUCUCUCUCCCGCUCUCUCUCUCUCUCUAGAUAUUCCUCCUCUCCUUAUUCACUUGCACUUAAAAUGCGUUUGAGUUUUAUUAUUAUGCUUCUCUCCUCUUUGAACUUGUGAGAUUUUACUGGAUAAUUUGUCCUUGGGACAAAAUAUUUUGAGCCGAGCAGGGUUGGACUAGUUUUGGUGGAUUUAUAUAAUUGUUAUGAAUUGGAGCUUGUGGAACAGAUCCAGCUUCAAAUUAUUUGUUUAAACCCUAUUUUACUAUUAUUUAUGAACAUCAUUGACUCUGAAUAAUUUGUUUGCAAUA